AUGUCUGAGACGGGGGGCGGUGUUCAUCAGGUCUCUUUCAGGUGCCAGGAACAGAAGCCCAAUGCCAACUCGGUUGAGUUUACGGAGCUGGAAGUGUCUGUGGUUGUUCCGGACCGUUCAACUAAUCCUUUCCAUAUGUCUGGGAACGUGGAUUUCUUCCUGCUCAGAGAUCAGGAGCGGGAUAAGUUUCACGCAGAGCGGCAGAAGAAGAAGAUGCUGCAGUUGCACCAGAAGAUGACCUACUCAUCCAAAGUGUUGGCCAAGCACGCCAGCCUGCUGCAUGAGCUGCAGCUGCAGGACCGGGCGGAUGACCAGGAGGCACGUGCCCUGGCCGAGGCCCAGCAGAUGAGCGCCUUCCAGGAGGAACACACCUCCUGGAAGCUGGCCAUGACCAAAGAAAAGAAAGAGGAUUCUGACAGCAUAUACAAGUACAUCAACCAGAAGCGGCAAAUGUUCCUCCUCCAGUAUGCCCUGGAUAUGAAGCGGAGCGAGAUCCAGCGGCUGGAGAUGCUGGCAACAAAGGAGGAGGCGGAGCUGGAGCGGGCUGAGAAGGCCCUGGAGAAGGAUUCGACCCUGUUCGAUGAGUUCCUCAGGGAGAAUGACCGCAGCUCAGUGCAGGCCCUGAAAGAGGCAGAGAAGGAAACCAAAGUGAAGAUAGAGAAGAUCACUGAAAUCCGAGAGCUGACCACCCAGAUCAUGAAUAUCAAAAGCGAAAUCUCCAGAUUUGAAGACACUCUGCAACAUUACAAGGUCUGCAAGGAUUUCCUGUACAAGCUGUCGCCCAAGGACUGGUUGGAGGAACAAGAGAAGAAGCACUUGGCUCUCAGACAGGCCAAGGAGGCCGCCAAGGCCAAGGAGAACGCUCAGUUGUCACAAGGUGACAAAGGACCGGGGACCAAGGGAAAGAUGACCUCCAAAGGUAUGUGGCUGCCCGAAGGGCAAAGCCCACGGAAGCCCUGGAAAGUGCUGCAGGUGAUCCGGGUCGGGCAGGUGCUGACCAGCCCUGGCCAACACGACCAUCAGCCUGGGUCGGACUCCAAAAAGUCCAGCUCUUCUACCUUACCCAAGGAAGAGGACCCAGACAGCGACGGAGAGGGGCUGGAGCUGUACUUCAAGGAGCCCCACCAGCUCCUGGAAGUCUUUACAACCCUGGAGGAGCAGAACCUCUCGCUGAUCCAGAACACACAGGAGAUGGAGGAGGCCCUGGAGGAGCUGAGCUUCACCCUGAAAAAUACCCAGAUCCGCAUGGAUAGGGAGGUCAACCAGCUGAAGCAGUGGAUCACCACACUGAUGAUGUCCAUCACCAAGGAGGAGGAGACAGCUGCUGAGCUGGAGCUCAAAGCCCGAGUCUUCCAUUUCGGCGAGUACAAGGGUGCACAGGAGGACAAGCUGCUGGAGAGCCUCAACCGCAAGGUGCAGGACGUGUACCGGCAAUGUGUGGGUCCCCAGCAGGAGUCCAGCCUGGGCACCGUGCAGAUGCUGACCGUCAUUGAACACCAGCUGGACGAGCUGCUCGAGAACCUGGAGCGUGUGCCCCAGAUCAAGAUCGAACAGGCCGAGAAGGCCAAGGAGAAGGAGCGGCGCCAGAGACUCCGGGAAGAGAAAGCCAGGAUGCAGAAGCAGCUGCAAGAGGAGCGUCUCCAACGGGCCCAAGCCCGGGCCCAGGCUGAGAUCAAGAAGAAGAGAGGCAGAAAGCUGGUGUCCCGCUCCGAGCCCCCGGCCCUGAAAACCAAGGAGGAGCCUGAGCAGGAGCUGCUGGACAAGGAGAAGGAGGAGCAUCUGUUCUUCUUCACCUAGCCUUCCGGCGCUGCCAUGGCUGACGGCAUAGAGAGGACGGCAGCGGGAAGCGAACAGGGCUGUGUCAGGGCAGAUGCAGCCCUCGCUGUGCGCCUCACGGUCUCCUGCUGUAUGUUUCUUUACUCGUGAAAUAAACCCCAUGACUCUUUGGUGCCUAAGGGCUGUGUAAGGAGGUAGAUCCUAUCUCCAAA